CAAACGGCCAAACCCCUGAACAGCGGCGGCGGCGGCGGCCGCCUCGACGAAAGCAGGCUCGGAGGCUCCGGCCAGAUUAGCCGGUCGGCCCUAGAUUGGCAAUGCUAGCGCGGGCGUUUGGCGUUGUGGGCAAAGCAUGGAAGCGAACGCGGCAUAUAUCCAUCCAGGCCUCGAUCUCGCCGCGCCGCUGCUCCCACAUGUCACCGCAGCUUUGCCACCUCCACAGCAGACUGGCGCAACCGGAAAAUUUCCCUGAAGAACAGAACGCGCUACAAAACAAUAGCGGAGGAGCUCCGCCAAUGCUGAAUUAUAUCUACGAACAGAACCGGAGCAAGCAGCCCGAUAAUGGCAACCUGGAGAAUUCAGCCGUUGCUGCUGUGGACUCUAUUAGGGAUGCUGUUGAGGGGAGUUUUGACCAGAGGUUUGCAACACUGAAGAGCAUUGGGGAGGAUCGUGUCAAUGACCGCGAGCUUGAGUUAUUGCUAAAGAAGAAACCUGCCCCCAUUUGCUAUGUUUGGUGUGAUCCCUCCCCCUGGAUGCACAUAUCUGAGGGCAUCAUAAAGACUCUCUGUGUUAAUAAAAUGGUUAAAUCUGGUUGCAAAGUCAAAAUCGUAAUGGCAGACUGGUUUGCCCGGAUGAACCCUUAUAUUGGUGGCAGUCUAAAUAAAAUGCGGGCUAUUGGCUUGUACAAUAUUGAGGUGUGGAAAGCAGCUGGCAUGGCUCUUGAUAGUGUAGAGCUAGUGUGGUUGUCAGAUGAAAUAAAUCAGCAUGCCAAUGUAUAUUGGCCACUCGCCAUGGAUGUUUCAAGAAGAACCACUCUGCGUAGAAUAAAAGGGUUUUAUGGGAGUAGACAUCCAGCGGUUCAGCCAUUCACUGCUGCUGAUGUAUUUUACCCCUCUUUGCAGUGUGCUACCAUAUUAUUUCAGAAGGUUGACAUAUGGCUGUUGGGCAAAGCUCAGCAUGAGGCGAACUUGUUAGCUAGAGAAUAUCGCAAGCGUGCAGGACGGGGGAAUAAGCCAAUUGCGGUGUCACACAAAAUACUUCCUAAUUUAUUACUACGCCCUGAAGAAGAACAUAGGAGGAAUAAAUUUCUGGCGAUCUACAUGCGAGAUAUUGAGUUUGAUAUCAAUAGAAAAAUAAUACAUGCUUUCUGCCCUCCAAAAUUGGUGGAAGGCAACCCGUGUUUGGAGUACAUAAAAUAUAUCAUCUUACCAUGGUACGGAAAGUUUGAGGUGGUUCGGAAGAUAGAGGAUGGUGGUGACAAGACGUUCCUGAGCAUGGAGGAGCUUACAGCUGAUUAUUUAAGCGGGGCUCUGCAGCCUGAUGACUUGAAGCUGGCCCUUGCAAAGUCAUUAAACAAAAUAAUGCAGCCGAUCCGUGGUCACUUCAGAAGCAAUGCUGAAGCAGAGAAUACAGUGGAACGGAUUAAGGAAUACUACAAGCCAAGGUGAGGAUCAGAUGGCUACAUACACUUGGGUCGCAGGGGAACCGUGCAACAGUACACUUGGCAGUGGACACAUUAUUAUCCAUGUAAUUAACAAUGAGUUUUUUUAAAAAAAAUCUGUGGCACCAGUUUAAAUAUUUUUUGAAAAAUAGCACCAGUUUAAAUAUUGCCGCUGCAACCUGUAAGUGAUGAAGCGACAGGAUGAUUUCUCGCUCAGAGCCCAAGAUCCUCGUGAAAACAUGUGCGCUUGGGACA